AUGUCUGUCGCGUAUGGAAUGACGGGCAGCAACGACGCCACUGCUGCAAAGUAUGGCGUCCCGAAUGCUCAAACCCACUACGAUCAGGACGAGCUGGACAACCACGAUAUUUCCACCGAGGACGAUGCGCAAGACGGCAGCUCUCCUGCCGAGACGGUUGGCAAGGGUGAACAUGACGAGACCACCGCUGAGAUGAACCGUCGCACCUCUGUCGUCCAAACCCUCGCGCGCAGCUACUCGCGUGCCUCGGGUGCCGCUGGCGACAACCCUUUCAUGGCCGGGCCCGACUCUCCCAUCAACCCUAGCUCGCCCAACUUCUCCGGUCGCGAGUGGGCAAAGGCGAUCGUCGAGCUUGUCUCGCAGGAGGGCUCCGCGUUCCGCACCGCUGGCGUCUGCUUCCAGAAUCUCAACGUUUUUGGUUUCGGUACCGCUGCCGACUACCAAAAGGAUGUCGCCAACGUCUGGCUCUCGGCAGCCGGCAGCCUUCGCGACCUCGUCACCAACAACAAGCAGCGCAUCGAUAUUCUUCGCAACUUUGACGGCAUCGUCCGCCGCGGCGAAAUGCUUGUCGUCCUAGGCCCGCCUGGUUCCGGAUGUUCGACCAUGUUGAAAGCCAUCUCUGGCGAGAUGAAUGGAAUUUACGUGAAUGAAGACUCCUACCUCAACUAUCAAGGUAUCGGAGCAAAAGAGAUGCACAAAAACCAUCGCGGAGAAGCUAUUUACACUGCCGAAGUCGACGUCCACUUUCCCCAGCUAUCGGUCGGCGAUACCCUCACCUUUGCCGCCCGUGCUCGUCAACCGCGCCAGCUGCCACAAGGCUUGAACAGAAAUGAAUUUGCAAACCAUCUUCGUGAAGUCGUCAUGGCUAUGUUUGGCAUCUCCCACACUGUCAAUACGAAGGUCGGUAAUGAAUACGUUCGUGGUGUCUCUGGUGGUGAGCGUAAGCGUGUGACUAUCGCCGAGGCCGCCUUGUCUGGCGCACCUCUCCAGUGCUGGGAUAACUCAACUCGCGGUCUGGAUUCGGCCAACGCCAUCGAGUUCUGCAGAACUCUCCGCCUUCAGACCGAGCUGUUUAGCAGCACAGCUUGCGUCUCGAUUUAUCAGGCUCCUCAGACCGCCUACGACUUGUUCGACAAGGCCGUUGUUCUCUACGAGGGCCGUCAAAUCUUCUACGGCCGCGCUGACGCCGCCAAGCAAUACUUUGUUGAUCUUGGAUUCGAGUGCCCGGCCCGCCAGACCACGCCCGACUUUUUGACUUCCAUGACCUCGUCCCUGGAACGAGUUAUCCGACCCGGAUUUGAAGGACGCACGCCCCGCACGCCUGACGAGUUUGCUACUGCCUGGAAGAACAGUGCUAAUUACAAGGCUCUGCAAGCCGAGAUUGAAGAGUAUAAGACGACUCAUCCCAUCGACGGCGCCGAUGCCGAGGCCUUCCGUGCUUCUAAGCAGGCUCAGCAGGCCAAGGGUCAGCGUAAAACCUCCCCCUUUACCUUGUCAUACACUCAGCAAAUCCAGCUUUGUCUCUGGCGCGGCUGGAAGCGUCUCACCGGCGAUCCCAGUCUUACCGUCGGCUCAUUGAUCGGAAACUUCAUCAUGGCCCUCAUCAUUGGAUCUGUGUUUUACAACCUUCAGAAGACUUCGAGCAGCUUUUUCCAACGCGGCUCCCUUCUCUUCUUCGCCUGUUUAAUGAAUGCUUUUGCCAGUGCGCUGGAGAUUCUCACCCUGUAUGCCCAACGUCCCAUCGUGGAAAAACAUUCCCGGUACGCUUUUUAUCACCCAUCUGCCGAAGCUGUCGCAUCCAUGAUAUGCGAUCUGCCAUACAAGAUUAGCAACGGUGUCGUCUUCAAUCUGGUCAUCUACUUUAUGACGAACCUGCGGCGUGAGCCAGGACACUUCUUUUUCUUCUUGCUCAUCUCAUACGCCACUGUGCUGGUCAUGUCCAUGAUCUUUCGCACAAUCGGUUCCGCUACUCGAACGCUAUUCCAAGCUCUCGUCCCUGCCGCUAUCAUUAUUCUCGCAUUGGUCAUCUUCACCGGCUUUGUUCUGCCGACAAGAUAUAUGCUUGGGUGGUGCAGAUGGAUUGGCUACAUCAAUCCUCUAUCUUAUGCUUUUGAGGCACUCAUGGUCAACGAGUUCCACCAGCAAGAGUUCCCCUGUACCGACUUUGUACCCAACCCUAAGGUGAAUGGCUAUGCAGACAUCACUGGAGACCACCGUGUUUGCAGCACGAUCGGCGCUAUUCAGGGCCGCGAGAGUGUCAACGGUGACAGAUAUAUUCAAAUGGCCUUUGACUAUAAAUGGGAGCACCGCUGGCGCAACUUUGGCAUUGUCAUUGCCUUCAUCUUUUUCUUCCUUGCCUGCUACCUGGUUGCUGCCGAAUAUGUCUCUGAAAAGAAGUCGAAGGGCGAAGUUCUCGUUUACCGUCGUGGCCACAAGUCGGCUGCUGUCGAAAAUGUCGAGAAGAAGCACGACCCCGAAGCGGCAAUGGCAAACAUUGGACCUGUUGUUACGGCUGAGCGGAGCCGGGGCCAGGACGGCGGCCUGCUCCAGGAACAGACCUCUGUGUUCCAGUGGCACGACGUUUGCUACGAUGUCAAGAUCAAGAGUGAAACCCGCCGAAUUCUGGAUCACGUCGAUGGUUGGGUUAAGCCGGGAACUUUGACUGCCUUGAUGGGUGUUUCCGGUGCAGGAAAGACGACACUUCUGGACUGCUUGGCUGAUCGUGUGAAUGUUGGCGUUCUGACCGGUGAAAUGUUUGUGGAUGGUCGACCUCGCGAUACUUCAUUCCAGCGCAAAACCGGCUACGUGCAGCAACAGGAUCUCCAUCUUCAGACAACGACAGUUCGUGAAGCUCUCGUCUUCUCCGCGGUUCUCCGGCAGCCUGCCCACGUCCCCAGAGAGGAAAAGGUGGCGUAUGUGAAUGAAGUCAUCAAGCUGCUGGAAAUGGAGGAGUAUGCCGACGCUGUUGUUGGUGUCCCUGGUGAGGGUCUCAACGUUGAACAGCGAAAGCGCCUUACCAUCGGUGUUGAACUCGCUGCCAAGCCCCCACUGCUGCUCUUUGUCGAUGAACCUACCUCUGGUCUUGAUUCGCAAACUUCUUGGGCCAUCUUGGACCUACUAGAGAAGCUUACCAAAGCUGGCCAAGCCAUUCUGUGUACUAUUCACCAGCCUUCCGCUAUGCUCUUCCAGCGUUUCGAUCGUCUCUUAUUCCUUGCCAAGGGUGGCAAGACUGUGUACUUCGGCGAGAUUGGUGAAAACUCGAAGACCAUGACCGAUUACUUUACGCGCUACAGCAAGAAGGAAUGCCCCGAGUCAGCCAAUCCUGCUGAAUGGAUGCUUGAAGUGAUUGGUGCUGCUCCUGGCUCGCACACCGACCUCGAUUGGUUCGAGACCUGGCGCGACAGUCCCGAGUACAGCGAGGUGCAGCAAGAAUUGGAAAACAUCAAGAUCGAGAAGCUGCAAGAAUCCGAAUCCGCCCUUGAAUCAUCGCCAAUCCACCAUGACCCUAACGGUUACCGCGAGUUUGCCGCGCCCUACUCGGUCCAACUGAGGGAGUGCCUUCACCGCGUAUUCCAGCAGUACUGGCGCAUGCCCGUAUACAUCUAUUCCAAGACUGCCCUUUGUACGCUGGUUGCUCUUUUCGUUGGCUUCGUCUUCUUCCGAGCCCCCAACAGUGUGCAAGGCUUGCAGAACCAAAUGUUCGCCAUCUUCCAGCUGCUCACCGUCUUUGGUCAAAUUGUCCAGCAGUCCAUGCCGCAAUUCGUUAUCCAGCGCUCGCUAUAUGAAGUACGUGAGAGGCCCUCUAAAGUCUACUCUUGGAAAGUCUUUAUGCUUGCCCAAAUUAUCGUGGAACUCCCUUGGAACUCUCUCAUGGCAGUCAUCAUGUACUUUGCCUGGUAUUAUCCAGUCGGUCUCUACCGCAAUGCCGAACCUAUGGAUCAGGUCACGGAACGCGGUGCUCUUAUGUUCCUCUUCCUCCUUAUGUUCCUUCUCUUCACCGGCACGUUCUCCACCUUCAUCAUUGCUGGUUUCGAAACGGCUGAAGCGGGCGGUAACAUGGCCAAUCUUAUGUUUACUCUCUGUCUGAUCUUCUGUGGUGUCCUAGCCACUGAAGACACACUCCCUGGCUUCUGGAAAUGGAUGCUUACAGUUUCGCCAUUCCGGUACAUGAUAUCUGGCAUGUUAGCUGUCGCGGUAGCCAACACGAAAGUUACCUGUGCGGAAAACGAAAUAGUCACUUUGCAGCCACUUAAUGGCACCUGCCAGGAAUAUCUGGGAUCUUACAUUGACCAGGUGGGCGGCAGUCUCCUCAACCAAGAUGCUACCAAGGACUGCCAGUUUUGCACAAUUUCGGAAACCAACACAUACCUCGCUGGCGUCAACAGCUACUACGAGGAUAGAUGGCGCAACUUUGGAAUUCUCUGGGUUUACGUCAUUUUCAACAUUUUCGCUGCCCUGUUCAUCUACUGGCUUGCGCGCGUGCCCAAGAAGGGAAGCCUAAAGAACAAAAAGGAGGCUACCAAGACGAAGAAGGGUGAGGCUGCUGAGGUGACCAAGGAAACCGAAACGGUGACAGAGAAGUAG